AUGCUCUCAGACCAGCUAAUGGAUGUAGUGAGUUUGAUAACAUCAAUUAUUGUGCGACAGAUUCUGUGCCUUGCCAAUCUUCCACCACACCGACUGCUUGCCCUUAGUAAGACAAUGCCUAAUGAGCAGUAUCUCCCAAUUAGUGGUUUCGGGAAUCCCUAUAUGUGCAAUAAUGAAUGUGAUGCGAGUACCCAAGAACUGGCUCAUCCUCCGGAACUGAUGUUCGAUCUUGAAGGAAGACAUCCCUCCACAUUUUGGCAGUCCACGACUUGGAAGGAUUAUCCAAAGCCUCUUCAUGUUAAUAUUACACUCUCCUGGAACAAAACCAUUGAGCUGACAGAUAACAUAGUUAUCACUUUUGAAUCUGGCCGUCCAGACCAAAUGAUCCUGGAGAAAUCACUUGACUAUGGACGAACAUGGCAGCCCUAUCAAUACUAUGCCACAGACUGCUUAGAUGCUUUCCACAUGGAUCCAAAAUCAGUGAGGGAUUUAUCACAGCACACAGUCCUAGAAAUCAUUUGCACGGAGGAGUAUUCUACUGGGUACAUGACAAAUAGUAAAAUAAUCCACUUUGAAAUCAAAGAUAGAUUUGCUUUUUUUGCUGGACCUCGGCUUCAUAACAUGGCUUCUCUUUAUGGCCAGCUUGACACAACCAAGAAGUUAAGAGAUUUCUUUACCAUCACAGAUCUGAGGAUAAGACUGCUUAGGCCAGCAACUGGGGAAAUAUAUGUAGAUGAGCAACACCUGGCACGCUACUUUUAUGCAAUUUCAGACAUAAGGGUAUAUGGAAGGUGUAAGUGCAACCUUCACGCUACAGGCUGUAAAGAAGAAAACAAAAGACUGCUUUGUGAAUGUGAGCAUAACACAACUGGCCCAGACUGUGGAAAAUGCAAGAAGAAUUACCAGGGCCGACCGUGGAGCCCUGGUUCUUAUCUGCCAAUACCUAAGGGCACUGCUAAUAUCUGUAUACCCAGUAUUUCCAGUAUUGGUAACUGCGAAUGCUUCGGGCACUCCAACCGGUGCAGUUACAUCGAGCUGCUCAAUACGGUCAUUUGCGUGAGCUGUAAGCACAACACUAGAGGUCAGCACUGUGAGUUAUGCAGGCUGGGCUACUUCAGAAAUGCUUCUGCAGAGCUGGACGAUGAAAAUGUGUGCAUAGACUGUUAUUGUAACCCUUUUGGUUCAGUCCAUGAUCGCUGUAAUGACAGAGGAUUUUGUCAGUGUAAGGAGGGAACAUCAGGGCCUAAAUGUGAUAAAUGUCUGCCGGGAUAUAUCUGGCACAGCUUGGGCUGUCAAC